ACACCCUUUUAAGUGAAACAUAUAAUACAAAUCCAAAUCAGUAGAGAAAACAAAACAAUAGAAUACAAUAUAACUUACAAGCAAUCCUCUUCUUUUUUCUCUUCUAUGGCUCUCCAACUUCCUUGAAAAGAUAUGAUUUUCUCCAUCCUUUUAACACAAAAACAAAAACCCAAUUUCAUAUCUCCCUAAAUUUGAUUACCCUUUUUUCUUUCAUUCCUUCUCUUAACAAAAAUGAUAAACCUUUUCUUUCUCUAAUCCCCAAAAAAGUUCAUCAAAAAACAGAGUAAUCCUCUGUUUAUUGUGUUAAUGGAAGCAAUGAAAAGUGUUAAUGGGGAUGGUGGGAAUAUAAGUAGGGAAGAAUUACAAGCAGCCAUUGCUAAAGCUGUAGAACUUAGAGCUCUUCAUGCUGCUUUAAUGCAAGGAAAUAAUAAUAACAACAGUCCUUCUCAUUUUAAACAUCUAUCUGCUACUUCUCCUCCUUUCCCUUCUCAUUCUCGUCCUUCCUCUCAGUUUUCUGGCCAUGAUUAUCCUGUUUUCACUCCUAGUUAUGAAGAUGAGCCUUUACCAGGCUAUGGACACAUCCAAUUAGCAACCCAAACAAUAAGUGAAAGUUGGGAAGAAAGUGGGAAUCAAAAUGGUGUUCCAUCAGGCUUAUUACCAAACUUAGAUCACAACCAAUUAUGCACUGCAGAUGACACUAAAUCAGUAACAAGCUCCUGCACAAAUCACCUCACAUUCCUACAAAAUUCUCCAGGCACCGAAAUUUACAAGUCGCGAAGAAGAAACAGUUUAGGAGACUUAAAAUCGGUAUCAUCCUGCAACCAGUGUAAGCCUGCAAGCAUAAGUACUGAUAAUGAUAACAGAAGUACUACCAAUUGUAAGUACUCUAACAUUGUAGUGCCCUUAACCGAUUCUCAUAUAACCGGCUCUCAUCAUAGGAAAUCUCGAGGUAUGAUUCUUUCGUGGUUGUUUAAACGAAGGCAAAAGAAUGAAAAUUGCUCACCAGUAAGAACAGAUCAAUCCGAAGAAGUAUCCCAAGUUGUUAAGGAUUUAGGGAAUGUAUCGAUUGAAGCGUUGAAAAAAGAGUUGAUUGACGCGAAUCAUAAGAAAGACGCAGCAUUAUUGGAAGUUUCCGAGGUUAGAUCUUCAUUCAGGGAGUUAAGGAAGAAACUCGAGAAUCUCGAGUCUUACUGUGAGGAGUUAAAGAAGGCCCUUAAACAAGCUGUUUCGAAACGCGAUAAAUUGGGUGAUUACAAGAAAAACGUCGAUGAUUUUAUGCCAGUGAGUGAAGAUGUAAUGAUAGAAGGGUUUUUACAGAUCGUUUCAGAAGCAAGAUUAUCGGUUAAACAAUUCUGCAAGACUUUAAUCGAGCAAAUCGAGCAGAGUGAUGAACAACUUACCGAGAAUAUAAACGUGCUGUUAAAACCCUAUAAACUGUCGUUAAAUUCGAGGUAUUCUAAACCCAUUUUCUACCAUUUAGAGGCGAUUAUAAACCAAGCAUUCUACCAAGAUUUCGAGAAUUGUAUUUUUCAGAAAAAUGGUAUGCCUAAAUUACUUGAUCCUCACCAACAAAGACUAGCACAGUUUCAGUCUUUUGCUUCUUUAAGGAAUUUGAGUUGGAAUGAAGUAUUAAAGAAAGGUACUAAGUAUUACAGUGAAGAAUUCAGUAAAUUUUGUGACCAGAAAAUGAACUGCAUUAUAAUGACACUAAAUUGGACUAGACCCUGGUCUGAAACCCUACUACAGUCUUUUUUUGUUGCGGCUAAAUGUAUUUGGUUGCUUCAUUUGCUUGCGUUUUCUUUUUACCCGGCAGUAAAUAUCCUAAGAGUCGACGAGAACAGACCUUUUGAGUCGCCUUAUAUGGAAGAUAUCGUAAGCGAUAAACAGAAGGGACACGGGCCAAGUCGGGUUAAGGUCAUGGUUAUGCCAGGCUUUUAUGUGCAAGAUAAGGUUUUAAGGUGUAAGGUUCUUUGCAGGUAUAAAUCUGUAGUAUAAUUAUUUAUGAAAAAUUUAUUUUUAUAAAUAUUUUGAUUUUAGUAAUUAAUUUGAUUGAGGAUAUUAAUUAGAGGGUUUUUUUUUAUUGUAAUGCAAGUAAACAAUUGGUAGAUUUUUAGUUGAUUUGUUGUGUAUUAUUUCUGAAGGCUUUCAGUAGUUGUAAAGUAAAUGGUGUAUGAUUCUUUCUUGCAUUAUAUAAGUAGUCUGGUUUAAGUUUU